ACUUCUCACAAUCACUUCCUCGCCGAGGUUUGGUUCAAUUUCAUCUCCUUGCUCACUUUCGACACUGGUCCCCUACCUAUCCCGACAAGGACCGAUCCGGUACACUGCUAACCCACACCUGUCAACCACAAAACACCUACAACUACCCCACACACCAUGGCCUCCGGCACCUACACCACGCCUUUGACGGGCCGCUGGAGCUCUUCUGAGAUGUCGCACCUCUUCUCCAAAGAGAAUCGUCAUUCAACUUGGCGCAAACUCUGGCUCUACCUCGCAGAGUCGGAGAAGGAGCUCGGCGUCGAGGGCAUCACUGACGAAGCAUUGACCCAAAUGCGAGAGCAUUUGACUCUCACCAACGAGGACUUUGCUGUUGCUGCUGCCGAGGAGAAGCUGAGGAGGCACGAUGUUAUGGCCCACGUUCACGCUUUCGGUCAGGUUGCCCCUGCUGCUGCAGGAAUCAUUCACUACGGAGCAACCAGCUGCUACGUGACUGACAACGCCGAGCUUCUGCUGAUGCGCGAUGCUCUGGAUCUUCUCAUUCCCAAACUCGCCAAGGUCAUUUCCAACCUCCGUUCCUUUGCCCUGAAGUGGAAGUCUGAGCCUGCACUUGCUUACACGCACCUUCAGCCUGCCCAGCUCAUCACUGUCGGCAAGCGUGCUGCUCAUUGGGCUCAGGAUCUUCUCUUCGACCUUGAGGACCUCGAACGCGUGCGCGAGCGUUUGCUACUUCGCGGUGCUCAGGGUACUACGGGAACGCAAGCUUCUUUCUUGGAAAUCUUCAAGGGAGACGGCGACAAAUGCGAUCAACUCAACGAAUUGCUAUGCAAGAAGACUGGCUUCCCGUCUUGCUACCCAGUCUCUUCCCAGACUUACACUAGGAAGGUUGAUUUGAUCGUUGCGAACGCAGUCUGUGGCCUUGGUUCGAGCGCAAAGAAGAUCACCGGCGACAUCCGUAACCUGGCGAGCUACAAGGAACUCGAGGAGCCUUUCGAGUCCACCCAGAUCGGUUCAUCGGCAAUGGCUUACAAGCGCAACCCCAUGCGUUCGGAGCGCGUCGCCAGCUUGUCGCGCGCACUCCUGGGAAAGCACGCAGCCUUUGCUCAGACACACGCGGACCAAGGUUUUGAGCGCACCCUUGAUGAUUCAGCAGUUCGUCGCAUGGAUAUUCCCGAGAUGUUCCUCCUCGCUGACGCGAUCCUGCUCUCGCUUGACAAUGUGACUUCGGGUCUUGUCGUAUACCCCAAGCGAAUCGAUGCACGCAUUCAGGCAGAGCUCCCCUUCAUGAUUACCGAGUCUAUUAUCAUGCGCCUUGUUGCCAAGGGAGCUUCCCGCCAGGAUGCCCACGAAGAGAUCCGUGUGCUGUCACAUGAAGCAGGUUAUCAGGUCAAGAAUGAAGGACAGGCCAACGAUCUCGUUGAGCGUAUCCGCAAGACUGAGUUCUUCAAGCCCAUUUGGGGUGAGCUUGAUGAGAUGAUGGAUAGCAAGCUGUAUAUCGGACGUAGCGAGCGGAUUGUUGAGAAGGUGUGCAGUGACCUCGAAAAGCACUUGGCUAAGUACAAGGACUACAUUGAGAACACCAAGACCAGCGAGUUGCAUGUCUGAGGCACAUGAGCAUGGAGGGCAGUGGAAAUGUGAUGUCAAGAGAAACGUGUGAAAUACGAACGCGGGAAUGCCUGGUCGGUAUUAUGAUGCGGAAUGCAUGGCGGGAAAAGGGAAUUCGGUUUUAUGAAAAGGCGCAUGGUGGAAAAGGGAAGGAAGCUUGAUUCAAAGCAGCUCCAUAGCAAGUGAGCAAAAGUAAUGAAACUUAUCAUGA